AUGUCACGACGGCACACUACCAUCGUAAUCGAGCAAGGACACCCUACGUCCCGAUCAAAUUCUUUCAGCGAGGGAGAAGACUCGUCUUCCCACCAGAGUCAAGACUACAGUUCCGGCGGUGAUUGGGGUGAAGAAUUCCACGGCGAGAUCGACCCUGAAGACUCCGCGUCGACUAGCGCUCGACCUUAUCACCAUUCGCGCUCGAGGUCUCGUUCUCGUUCUCGGUCUCACCACGCUGCCCCGCGGCGGCACGUUUUGCCCCACCGACCCUCAGCUCCGGGCCAUUACAGGCCUGCUCCUCCCGACAGUCUGGAUUCCGCAGAGGACUACGGGUCGCCGUAUGGCGCCCGCGGUGGUCCCUACGGCCCUCCGGGCCCUGCCGGCGGCCAUAACCCUUACUUCGGCGGACGUGGCGGCCAUCAACAACCUGCGCCCCCCGGCGGAUACCCCCAGAGCCAUGUGGGCGGAUACAUGCCGAGUCCCUAUGGCGGUCCUCAACAGAGCAUGGUGCCCUUCGGCAAUUUCCAGCAAAACCCCUUUUCGCCCAUGUCGAACGGCAGUGGCCAGAGCUAUUUUGAGGGCGGGCCUAGGCACCCAUAUCACGAGAUGAUGCCUUAUCAACACGGAGGCUACUAUGGUGGUCACGGUGGCUACCAGCAACAGAUCCCGCCUCAUAUGCAGCAAUACAUGUAUUCGCCACCCCCUCCUCCAGCAACCGAGGCGCCUGCUCCCCGUCCAAAAACCCCAGCGGCGCCCGAACCACCCAAGCCCGACCCAGAGAAGGAGAAGAUGCAGGAGCAGCUCAAGGCUUUCCAGGCCCUCCAGGCAAAAAAGGACGAGGAGGAGAAGCGGCGCGAGUUUGAGGCCAAGAUUCGAAGAGACACCGAAGAGCAGCUGAAGAUUCGGGAAGACGCUCGCAGGAAAGCCACCGAGGAGGCGAAGAAGGAGUUCGAGCUCGCCAAGGCCGAGGCGGAGCGAGCCGCACGCGAGAAGAUGGAAGCCGAGCGGAAACACGAGGCCGAACAAGCCAAACUCCACGCCGAAACCAUGGCCAGAAUCCAACGGGAGGCCAAGGAAAAGUACGAGGCAGAAAUGAAGGCGGCUGCCGAGCAGAAGAAGCGGGAAGAGGACGCGCGUGCGGCAGCCGAGGCCGCUGCGCGGGCAAAAUUUGAGGCCCAGCUCAAAGCUGAAGCAGAGGCCAAACUCGCUGCAGACAAGAAGGCCGCGGAAGACGCCGCAGCGAAGAAGAGGUGGGAGGAGGAAACCAAAGCCAAAGCCGAGGCUGAAGCGCGGGCCAAGCUCGAAGCUGAGACCAAGGCAGCAGAGAAGGCUGCGGCGGACGCUGCCGAGAAGAAGAAGGAAGAGGAGGCCAUGAAGAAGAAGCUCACCGAGGAGGCCAAAGCCAAGUUUGAGGAAGACGCCAAGAAGACGAAAGACAAGGCGCCGAUCAAGUUCAAGGAUGCAGUGGGAAGGAAAUUCAGCUUCCCGUUCCACCUUUGUGCAAAGUGGGAGGAUAUGCAAGACUUGAUCAAGCAAGCCUUCCAGCACGUCGAUGUCAUCGGACAGCAGGUGCAAGACGGCCACUAUGACCUGAUCGGACCUAACGGCGACAUUAUCUUGCCCCAGGUCUGGGACAAGGUGCUCGAGCCGGACUGGACGAUCGAGAUGCGCAUGUGGCCCGAGAGCAAGUCGGCGCAGAUGCAUGCGCAGAUGCACGCGCAGCGACACGGCAUGCCGCCCGGAUUCCCUGGUGUGCAGAUGCGACCGGGUGGUGGCCGAGAUCCUCGAGAAGAACUACGUGCGCGCCUGGCGCACAUGGCGGCACACGGACAGCGCCCAAUGCAGAUGCCCCCCGGCAUGAUGCCUGCCGGGGCCAGGCCCGGGGGUGGUGGCCACCACGUACCGCCACCUCCUCACAUGCACCGUCCUGGCGAGCGGCCGGGUCGUGGGGCCCCGCCAGGCGUUGACGUCGUCACUGCCGAGCCGCCAAAGAGGAAGUCCAAGACCGCCGGUUCUGGAUUUGCAAGCUGGGUCGCAGGAAAGCCAUCGAAGAAGAAGUCAGUAUUCCCGCGCCCAACUACAUUAUGGGGAUGA